GAAGUGUACAACUCUUCUAAAACUUUGUGCAUUCUUUUUCUUGAGAGCUCCAAAACUUUUGUUUUCACUUAUAAAUAAAUAUUUAUCCCGAUGUUUUUCAUUUUUGUCUAUAUUUAUCACACAACGCGUAUUCCUGUUAAAGAUGGCACAAUCAAAUUUAACUGAGUGAUUGCUCCCGUCUUCAUACUUCAUAUCUUAAAAGAUGCUGCGCGGUUACGUUUAACGUCAUGCACCAACAAUCCAAUCACACAGCAAGCUUCAGAGUGACGGUAAUAUACGCAAUAUAGCUUGCAUAGCGAACGCCGUAGUGGGUUUGGAACCAUAGGUGUUGGUUGUUGUCUUUUCCCAGCCGCCAUGAACAGCGUAGGUGAAGCCUGCACAGAGCUCAAGAGGGAAUACGACCAGUGUUUCAACCGAUGGUUCGCUGAGAAGUUUCUAAAGGGAGACCGAGGAGAGGAUCCGUGCAGCGAGACUUUCCGGAAGUACCAGAGCUGUGUCCAGAAGGCUAUCAAGGAGAAGGACAUACCGGUCGAUGGAGUGGAGUUCAUGGGCCCUAAUAAAGACAAACCCGAAAGCUGAAGGGGGAGGAACAGGUCAGGCACCUUUAGCGGGGUAACUGAUCGUUACUGAACAGUACCGACACGAGUUCAUCACUUUGGUCGGAGGUGUGAAUGAGCAUGGCCAGAGGAGUCGUCAUCGAACUCUCCAAAAUGACUGAAACAAAUGAGAAGUUCUCAAACAAAGGAGACGAGAAAGCAGCACUUUGUGAUGACUUAAGUGUCUUUGAAGGCUUUCAUAACCAACAAAAAACAAAACAAAACUCUCCAUCAUGUUUGUUUCCCCGUUUUACAGAACGGAAUAACGACAUCUGGGUUGUAUAUUCGUAUUCUGUUGUGGACAUUUUCAGUUUUUAGAAAUAUCAGGAGUGGUGUAAGAAUCCGCUGACCAUGAAUAUGAUUUGUCUUUUUAUUUUCAUGUCUUACUUGGUUUGUUAUAAAGUUUUAAAAAGUUUGUUGCACAUCUUAAAAUCUGACGUAAUCAGACUGUGUUGUUUAUUUAGAAGAUGGCAAUAAAACACGUACAACACUG